GUAUUUUUUCCAUGCGCGAAGAAGCUGCGCAGAUUUUAAGAGAUUGACAACAAAAUGCCGUCAGAGGCUCCUCUACAUGGAACACAAACAGAAAAACCUCAGCAUUACAUGUAUUUGAAAGAGUUUCGUACUCAGCAGUGUCCCCUUUUUGUGCAACACAAGUGCACACAGCACCGCCCGUUCACUUGCUUCCAUUGGCAUUUUCUCAACCAGCGCAGACGUCGACCAGUAAAAAAACGUGACGGUAGUUUCAAUUACAGUCCAGAUAUUUAUUGUGCCAAGUAUGAUGAAUCCACUGGUGUUUGCCCAGAUGGUGAUGAUUGUCCCUUCUUGCACCGGACUGCUGGUGACACAGAACGCCGCUAUCAUUUGAGAUAUUACAAAACAGGCACUUGUGUAUAUGAAACAGACUCUCGAGGAAACUGUGUGAAAAAUGGACCUCACUGUGCCUUUGCACAUGGUGCUUCUGAUCUUAGACCUCCAGUUUAUGAUAAAAAUGAAGGACAAGGCAUAGAACUCUUGGAGAAAGCCAGUGACCCAUCACUUUUGACAACCACAUCAAGUAGCAUAGAAAAAGACAAAAUGCCAGCUGAAGAUCCAAGGUGGAACGAUACAAACUAUGUACUAGCUAACUAUAAAACUGAGCAAUGCAAACGCCCACCAAGAUUAUGUCGACAAGGCUAUGCUUGCCCUCAGUACCACAACGUGCGAGACCGUAGAAGAAGCCCGAAGCUUAUGAAAUACAGGUCCACCCCAUGUCCAAAUGUAAAGCAUGGAGAUGAGUGGGGAGAUCCAACGCAGUGUGAAAAUGGUGAUAGCUGUGUCUACUGUCACACACGUACUGAACAACAGUUUCACCCUGAGAUUUAUAAAUCAACAAAAUGCAAUGACAUGGUACAGACAGGCUCCUGUCCCAGAGGGGCAUUUUGUGCCUUUGCGCAUGUGGAACAUGAGAUGACAUCUCAACGUGAAGUAAUAUCUACAACAGAAAACUCUUUAGCAGCAUUUGUUACCAAUGCCUUACCAGACUCAAUAAACACUGAUCUACAACCUCAUUCUAAUUCUUACUCUGAGAAGGUUAGUCAAGAACAGAAUGGCAAGUCUCAUGGCAUCAAAUUGCCAGAUCCUAUUGGCAAAGAACGGGCUAAUAGCAACAGUAGUAACUAUCUUUCAUUAAGUCUAGGUCCGUUAGAUGUGUAUAAUAAAGGAAGAUCCAGUAGUGUUUCCAGCAGCAUUAGUUCAGAUUUUGGCUCAGGUCACUCCUAUCACAAAGCACCAGGUUCUGAGCGAGAAGAUGCAAAUGUAAAAUUAAAACAACAGCUUCAAGCCAUUGAAAAUGACCCUCUGUUGGACAAUACAGAGAAAGCAAGACGAAAAGAAGCUCUCAUUCUUCAGCACACCCGUGGCACCACUGGACUUGGUGUAGGACCUUGCACAUUGUACUCUCCUGUUAGCCAAGCACCUUCGGGGUGUUUGGCCCCCAGCCUUAGCACCAUGUCUCCUCUGGCACCUGCCUUCUAUCCCCCGGCCAAUACUGUAGAGUCAGUAGUAGGCAAUGCUUUGGGUGAUUUGAACAUGGAUGACUUUGACAUUACCAGCAUUGACCGGGAGCUAGAUCGUGAGCGUGACAAUGACAGCAACUCUGUCAGCAGCACCCUGUCAACCAGCUUCUCUGCAUCUGGAGUUUUUUCGUCAUCUGGACCCAUUGGCAUUCCACCCAGUACACUUCAGCAAAGGGGGAGCAUUAGCAGUCUGUCCCAAUCCCCUCCUUCACCUUUUGGAAGUCUGCCUCACUCCACUCUUGCUUUUCAGCUACAAAGAGACUCAUUACAUGACCAGUCUUCAUCUCCAUUGCUGGGUCAUUCCGUUCUCAGCAAGUACCAUGGGGGGCAUAGCUUUAAUGAUGGCAGCACCAUGUCACCACGCAGUGGGGGUCAGCAGUCCCCACUGUAUCCUCAUUUGAGCCAGCAAGGAGUCAACUCCAGCACUAACAAUGGUUCAUCCAGUGAGAUCCAGCGAUUGCGGGAUGAUUUAAUAGCAACACGCAAUAAACUGUCUGAGUGGGAGGGUGUUUACACACAAGCCAAGUGUGCAUGUGAAGCUUGGAGAAAGGAAGCAGAGGAGAGCUUAAAGCGUGCUAAACAUGCUGAAGAGGAAAGACUGCAGGCAGUCAAACAGCGAGAUGAGGCCUUGUCCCAGUUACAAAGAAUACGACAAGAAAAAGGUCCCAUAUUUUUGCAUGGUCUACAAGGAAAACAAGAACUGGAGGCUUUAUCAGUAGAACAGCUGCAAAAGCUGAAACUACAACUACAGCUAGAUCUUAAUGCAUUAGAUCAGUUAAUGGUCCGGAAACUUCAGCGUGGAAGCAGUGUACCUGUAAGCAGUUCCUAGGUUACAUCUGUUACAUACAACACAAAAAACUGGUGUAACACUGUGUCAGUGGUUUUUGAAUGCUGCAGUUUUUGUGCAUCAGGAUGUGUUUGGGCUGUGAGGUGAUUUGGGGUCAUAUUGUGCUGAUUCUCUUCAUCUAUGUGUGUGUGUGCAAAACAUAUCACAUGACUGCAAAAUGCAAGCUGUGGUUCAGCAGGAUUGGCUUGAAUUUGGACUGGAAGCUACAUGAACUGCUUUGUUGUGUGCACACAGGGAAAAAUAGAAUUUGUAAGGCUGAAAAAAGAAAACUGACAUCAGCAAAAAAAAGCAAAUCUUGCACCUCUAUGGUGGAACAUUUCAAGAGUGAAGUUUGGGAGGAAGAAAUGGUUUACUAGCUUGUUUUUAUAAAAGUAUUUAUCAGCUACUAUAUGUGCAUUGCAUAUUGAAUGCAGACUAAGAGAUCUGGAUUUGAGGGGCUGUUAUUACAAAUAUAUGUUUAGAUAAACAAGAAUUUUGUGGAGCCUGGGGAUAGAUAUUGAAAGGCUAUCAUGACCCAGACACAUUAAAUAGCAUCAUGAACAGGUUGUAACCAUAGGGUAGGGGAAGAUAAUUGUGAAACUAUGGAUGUGGUUAGCUUUUGAUGAUGAUGUGGAGCUGUUGCCCUCGACACGAAUGGGGUGCAAGUCAUCAGCGAUGGUAUAACUAUAGAUUUGAACAAUGCAGGAGAUGCUAGGUUGUGCGAAGAUGGUCGCAGUAAUAAACAUGGCUUGCAUCUCAUUCAUAGCAUAAUUGCAGAAACAGGAUAAAUUGCGAUGUGAAAGCUAGAAAGUGGACUUAUAUCCCUGUGUUAAUGUUUUUAAUAUUUGGUAGAACAUAUGCUAAUCUCUAUUAAAUGUGAAAUUUAUUGAUAUACACUAGCCAACAAACAACACUUUCAAUAACUGUAAUGUUUCUUGGCAUGAGUUAAGUUCUGUUUAUUUGCACUUUGCUUCUUACACUUUUUUUUCAUAAAUAAGAAUCAAAUGCUCCUGUAACAAAGAAGAGGAUACAAAAGGCAAAAAGUUAAAGUGACUCUUAAUGUUCUGCAGUUGCUAGAAUUUCCAGAUAAUGGCGAAAGAACUGGUCUGGUUGUACACAUAUUGUAGAGCUUUGCAUAUUCUGAAAUACUGGAGACGUUCAUUAGAAACUGCCAGGUGGUAGGAGAAAGUCUGAGAUCAUUUAGCUUGAGUUUGUGCCCCCACCACCCCCCAACUUCUCCAGUCUCUUUUUGCUAAAUUUGAUGCAAGGAAUAAAUAGAAAAUGUAUAUGAGUUACUGCUUUUUUUUUUUUCCUGCUAUCCUUACAUUGUUAACUUAAAAUCAUCACAAAAAGAGGACGAGGUUCAGCAAAAGGGGCUACAUAGGAAGUUUCUUUAAAGGAAGAUGGACUUAAAAUGUCUGUGGCAGGUGGUAUUGCAGUCUUUAGUGAGUAGUGUUGUCUGAAUCUAGUAUUCUGAGGAAAAGAGAGGUUCCACUUGUAAGAAUUCAUUGACUAAUUCAAAAUAAGCAUCACCCUUGCAUAUAUCAGUUUUUCUAAUCCUUGACUUGAUUGCAGUCAUGUUUGCAUUAUUAAUGGCAGACCUCUCCAUCUUCUGCAGCUGCUGUGGAUUUUGUAGUGUUGUGCAUUUUGCUGAGAAUGUUUGCUGGGACCAUAUUUAGUGGAAUGUGCACUGAUGUCAAAACCAUACCAUACCUUUGAGCAUUUUAAUUCAGAAGGAUUUUGAGCAUUUACAGUGCUUUUCAAAGACAAAAUUGACAUCUUUCCCCUUAUUUCUUUUUUUAAAACGUGUAAGUCAGAAGGAACAUGCUGCUGUUCGUGUGCCUUCAGUUUUCUAAUUUAACCUCUUGCCCCCAUGUAAACUCCAUGCAGUGAUUUCUGGGUAUUCAGGACGAAUAAUUCUGUUAUCUGCAAGAGCAAGUGAAAGGUAAUUUUCAGCUGAAACUUUCAUGGUAAUGGCCUAUAUUCUAACAAAUUGGGAUAGUUCUUUUAAGAAUACAAGUGUGAUUACUGCUAAGUUGAACAUAAAUGUGGAUACUUAUGUGGAAAAUUACUUGAGACUUAUGGAUGACACAUGACAUGGAUGGAAAUCGUGUUAAACAGUGUUUACCAUUGAGUCAGAUCUUAUCAAGGUGAUUGUUAAAAAAGUUGUGACUGAUGCAGCUUCUAAAAGUGAUGAAAACAACACUUUGUGUAUUCCAUUAAGAUACAAGUGUAGCAGAUCCAUUAUAGGUUUUUAAUUAGAAGUGAAUUGCACAAAUAUGUAGUACCAUUCUUCAUAUGCAUGCAAAAGCUAUGGGAAUUAAUCGCAUUUCCUCAUAAGAGUAUAUUAUAGGUUAUCUUGAUAAGUUUUCUUGGCAGUUGGAUGUUAAUGCUGUUUGAGUAUUGGGUAUUGUUUUUGACACUAAUAGUGGUAGUAUUCAUACAUCUUGUAAAUCACUGCUGUAAAAUACACAUUUAAGGUAUGGAAGUGGUUCUUUGAGAUUCUAUAAUUGUCUCUUUUUCAUAUUUGGUAUUUAUUUUCUGUUAUAAACUACUAAAAAAGCUAAAAUGUUGAGGAGACAUUAAAAAAUGCAGUCAUUCUAAGAUACCAAUUUUGAUUGCAUUUUUAUAUAGUCUUUGCUUCUUGAAAUGACUUGCAUGUAUGCUUUAGUCAUAAAAUAUAUGGGUUGUUUUAUCAGUUAUGAUAUUUAAGUUCUUGGUAGAUAAUAGGCUUUAAACUGUUGCUGUUUAUCCAUGGUAAAGAUAAAGUUAUGAGAGAAUUAUUCAUCUUUUUUUGCGGAGUGGGGGUCCUUGACUGGCACUGAUGUCACAAAUGCUGGACAGCCAUGAGUUACUAUUUCUUCAUUUCUGUGCUCCAUUGUUAGCAUGAUGCUUGCAUUUACUUAGUGCUCAUGCAAAUGGUGUGACGAUUAGGCAAAAUAUUUUGAAAUGUUCGUAUUAAAAACAGUAUGUAUUACCUCUCAUUUGUCUGUGAUAAAGUUUAACAUUUGCUUUAUUAUUUUUGUGUUGCAUUUCUUUGCAGGUGGUGUUUGAUCUAAUCUAACAUCAAUUUUUAAGUUUGUGGUUUUGUAGAAAACUAUUGGAAACGUCAUGCAACAAACAAGUAUUAAGUCUUUUGUUUUGUACUAAUUUCUGGAAGAAUUUUUAUUUUUUUUUUUUUUUUUUGAUAUAACUUUCAAAUUCUACAGUUUGAAUUUUUUUUCAUUGAAACCAUUUGAAAAUACCUUCUAUUCAGUGUUUUCUGAAACAUGCUGCAGUUGAAAAAUUGGUUUUCUUUCUGUGUAUUUUAGAGUUUGUCUAGUUCAGUGUAAUCUUAGUAAUGUAAAACAUUAACCUCACCACAGCAACCUAGAUGUUAAACUGUUUACACUACUUGGGGUUUAUAUUGAACUAAUCACCUCCUAGACAAUACGCUGUCUCAAGAUAUGUGGUUUGCCCUUGUGGUCAGCUGAAGAGGUUGUGUUUAUAAAACCAACUUUCCCACACAUUCUUCAAACAGACUGCCAAUCACCGCCUGUGCUGACAUUGAACGAAACAAUGUGCAGUGAAAUAAAUGAGGUCUCGAUCUGGGGAUCACAGAGACCUGUGGUGUUCAUCCUAAUCAAAAAUCACCUUACCGUUUGAAUGCCUGUGUACUGAGAACUGUCUGCACAGUGUGUUGAGGCCUUUUUUCUUCGUGAAAUGGACCACUGGCUAUUUCGUGAGGGUCUGCCAAUGACUAGAUGUUUCACUGUUGGUAGUUACCCCUGUGAGCAAAGUAAAACCAGAUGUGCGCUUAUAGCACACAAAAGCACUUUGGGAAGCUGCAAGUUAAUUUCGUUUUGUGUUAACAAUCCUGUUUUCAGACUUCUAGUCAACUUUAUAGUUAUUUUUCUAGGAUUUGAAAAAAAAUAUUUAUUCUUUUAUUUAGUAUUUUAGUAAUAUCUUUUAUCAUGUUUUAACAGAAAACACACACUAUUGCAUGAGUGUUUACUGAUAUUGAACUAAUUGUGUCAGAUACACCAAUGUGUCGUACACAAGUAGAUUUUAUAGAGUGAGCUACUCUUCCUCUUACAAACGCUGAUUCAUUUUACAGAUUUCCUAUUCCAUGUACUGCAAACGAGGAAGAAACUUGUUAGAAGUCUGUCAAGAGGCUUGAAAUAGUUGCUAGUUGUGUGUCAACAGCCACAGAUGGGAUUGUGUGACCUUGUGUGUCAGAAAGCAGGAGGUUUUGUGCCUGUUCGAUUGCCACACUCUUUUGUUUCUGAUGCCAGUGUUUGCAGCAUUCAUGUCAUCAGUUUUGCUUGUAUUGACUGACUGCUGGACUUAGCAGACUUCAUGACACUAAGUGCCUUUUGGAAGGAAAAUACACCAAUACUGAUUUGUUACUUCAUACACUGAGCUUUUGGAUACCCUUUGCACAUGUAUGCAUGAAUGAUACAUCAUGCCUUGGUCUGCUUUUAUGCAUGCACAUAAAUAUAAGAACACUUGUAAAUCAGAUUUUUUAAUAUGUUAGCUGCUAUAGUUUGUGGACUCCUUUUGAUGUUGAUUGAAACUUGCUUGAUUGUACUGUUUCUGUGUUAUAUCCAGCUAAGUAAUUUUCAACACUAAAAAUGUUUGUUCUCCCAACUACCACCAGCCAUUUUCCAUCUGUUGCAGACUUGCUUUAUGUACUUGAUUUUGUUUUAAAUGCAUCAUUUUAAAAAUUAAUAUUCUGACCUAUAACAUUUGCUUUGCUGAUUUGAACACUUGUACCUGUUGGCGUCUUUCUUGUAUAACACUUUGAUAUUGUAUUGCUUGCUACUGUUCUUUGGAAUUUUUUGUUGUAAAACAGUUUUAAGUAGAAGACUUUGACAUUGAUGCAAAGUUAUCCAAAGAAAUCAGCUAUAAAAUAUUUCCUGCUUAUAGGAUGAAAAAAUUGAUCAGCCUAAAUAGCCUGAUCUUAAUAUCAUGUUUCUGGUACCCGAUAAUCACAUUUUUUGCUUGUACCCUUCAUACAUUUAUGUUGAUCCAUUUUUGUUAUACAAAAAAUAUUGUUCAGAGAAUAGUGAAAUAGUAAACUAUAUUAAUUUCUAAGUAGUUUGUGGUAACCUAUAGGGUUUAUUUUUCCUUUGGGGCUUGUCUGGAUUUGAGCAAUAUUUUUUGUUUUGUUUUUUGCCUUCAACUUGGUUUGAAUGUGAUUAGAGAUGUCACUGUAGGUUUCUCCGAAUAACCAUUUGUUUACUUUGAAAAUGUUCCUUAUUGAAGUUUUUCUGUUGCUAGGAGGGCAUUUUAGAAAUGUCACAGAUUACUGGGGUUAGGUGCUGCUGUAGGAAGUCAUUAUUUUGUCUUUUUGAAGUGUUAUGUGUGAUGGAAAGUUAUCAGUUUCCUAUCUUGGUUACAGCUUUUAGAUUACUUUUUUCUGGGGGGAGGGGGGAAUGGAGUGGGAAAAAUUCUAGGGGUUUAAACAAGAAUGUUCUGCCUUGGAGUUGACCAUGCCAAGGGGCGUUUUUGAGGUCAUUCUCUCUAGCCAACAGCCAUCGUUUACAGUUACCCUGUGGAUUGAUAACCUCAUGCUUCAUCUACUUGCAUCGGCUUAUUGUGUGAAUGAGAGAGGGAGACGCAAUUUUGCCUUUAGCUUGGAGACAAUGUGACGGCGGACGUACUUAGCCGCUUCUCUCCAGGCCGAGGCAAAUAGAAAACUGGACCAGGAGCUACUAAGGGGAGGAGAGGAUAGCGUAGGUGUACGUACCUGGGCUUUCACCUCGUAGUGUGUUUACUUUUUUCCUUAAUAUCUUUUAGCAUUUUUGGUUGCAGUUGCCUGUGUAUGUGUCGUAACUUCCUGUGGUUGGGGUAACCACACGAUGCAUAUGCACGAGUGUGCACAUGAGCUAAGCAAAGCCAUUAUUUCUCCAGUUUGAUAUAAAUGUAUACAAUAAUUUUCCUAGAAACAGUAGUAUUCGCUGCCACACGUCUCGAUCAAAGUUUGUGUGAAAGCUUGAUCAAGAGAGAGAGAACAGACGCGGUUGUAAUGAUGUGUGCAGGAAUGAAAGGAUUAAUUUCAAGUAUUACCAGGUAUGUUUUGUUGUGGGAACACUCCUACCUGUACAAAGCAAUAAUCUGUAUGGAGUCAUCACUUUGUACGUGUUUGUUGAAGUGGUUGUGCUCUUUGCUGUUCUACACCAUCGUAUUCUUCAAUCAGGUAAAAUUUGAACCCUAUGUUAUUAUCUUGUGUUAAGAUGGCGUUUCUUGUAUAUGUAUCAUGUAAGCUUAGCGCUUUUAAAAAUUGAUUUACUUAGAAAACGUUUACAAGCGUGAAGACUAUGUAAUAUACAAAAUUUGUGUCUGGAUUUUGUACAAUGAAAGACAUAAUGCAGCCAUAUUAUAGACUACUUUAAAAUUAUGCCAACGGAUGAAAGACAAAGAAAAUAAACUAUAAAUAAUUAAAAAAA